ACAACCCAGAGUUGAGUAAGCUGUGCUGCCUCCAUGUGGAUUAUAGCCAAACAGGGGAAGACAAGCUGUCAAUGUUAACGCCUGCAGUUGUUUAGUUGGGACUUUUUAAAGCCUCAGAGGGAAGUCAGUUUCUCUUUUGCUGCUGCUGCCUGUUGUCGUUGUUUUCCUCGCCUUGGUUUACAUCAGGUUAUAUCUUGUGUAGUGCGCGUGCAGUUCGAGGUGUUGCAAAUGAGCGCAAGUCGCAGCUUGUGCGAGUUUCAUCAGCGGCGGAUGAAGAGGAGGCAAACCCUCUUCUAAGGAACAGAACCAGCCGAUGAAAGUUGGAUUAUUCAACUCUCCCUGGGUGUAAACUUUAACCUUACCAACAGCGGCGAUGACUUCGGUCUGGAAACGACUCCAGCGAGUCGGUAAAAAGGCUUCAAAGUUCCAGUUUAUCGCUUCUUAUCAGGAACUUGUCCUGGAGUGCACGAAGAAAUGGCAACCAGACAAGCUGAGAGUGGUGUGGACCAGGAGGAACAGACGCAUGUGCUCUAAGCUCCACAGUUGGCAGCCUGGGAUAAAGAACCCCUACAGGGGAACGGUGAUGUGGCCUGUUCCAGAAAACAUCGACAUCUCUGUUACAUUGUUCAAGGAACCUAACACAGACGAGUUUGAGGACAAGGAAUGGACGUUUGUGCUUGAGGGGGAGAACAAAGGUCACCGCAAGGUGCUAGCUUCUGCUGACAUCAACCUGAAGCGCUUCGCCAGUCCCACACCGACCCAGACUGACCUGACUCUGAAGCUGAAGCCACUGUCGGUCAAAGUGGUGGAGGCUGAGCUCAAGCUGUCUCUGUCGUGUGUCUUUAUUCGAGAAGGAAAAGCUACUGAUGAAGACAUGCAGAGUCUUGCCAGCCUCAUGAGUGUCAAACCCACCACCGAUAUUGGCAACCUGGAAGACUUCAAUGAGAGCGAUGAAGAGGAGGACCGGAAGUCUGUCACUGCCACGGUUGUUCCACACACACUAACUCGUCCAAACCGUCCUGCUCCUCUUCCUCCUGACACCCGAACAUCCACUGGAGUCACUUUGCCAGCUUCAGAUUCUCUUUUUCCACACCCCAUCUUUCAUCACUGUGUUUCUAUUAAACCAGCCGGUGGGCGUGAUGUUGAACCCUCCACUUCCAUUCUUCAUUCUCGCCCUCCUCUGCCAAAUGCUCCACGUCCCUCUCCCCGGCGUUCCCGACAUCUGUUCUCAGCUGCUCCUGUCCAAUCAGACAUCCAACCUGCACCUGGCCCCUCCCCUCAGCCUUCGCCCAGGUCUAAGCGGGCGAAAAUGGCCAGCACUGCCUUUUCAGACACUGCUGUGUGCGACUCUGUAACUAGUCCUCCUGAAACGCAGGCCACAGAAAAGCCUCCCCCAGUUCAGAGUCCCUCCUCUGCCUCUCCGCUCCCUGAAAAUUCAGCAACCUCCAAAUCUUCCUGUAAUACGUCUCCAGCUUUUGCAGAAACCUCUUCACCUCUGACCUCAAAUACACCCCCAGCUCCGUCCUCAGAGCUUCUCAAGCUUCCACAUUCUUCAUCACCAUCACCUAAAACAGCAAUAACAUCCUCAUCCAUAUCUUCUCCAACCACAUCUCUCAUUGUAUCCACUGCUGUGACCCAUAAGCCAAUCUCAGCAGCCUGCCAGAUUCCUGCUCCCAAAUUUACCUCCCUCCAAAAACCCCCUCUGCCCCAUGAGAAUCAAUCUGUUCAGCCUCCUGUCACCUGGACCCUCUCUCUGCCCCCUUCUCUGCCCAGAAUCUUCCAGGCAGGCCCAGCUCCUACAGUGCACCAGCAGCGCCCCCAAGAGGUUCAGAACGUAGAUGAUUCUGCUUCAAGCUCUGGCCGUUCCCACGUUUUCAGACCCCAGGUUGUGAAAUCCUUUGCACGCCCCACCUCUCCCUCUCCUAUAUCCGCUGAUUCUUCUCCACUUUCAUCAUCAUCAUCAUCAUCAUCAUCUCUGCCUAAAUGUCCGCCCUCUGGCUCAGAGUCAGUUACUCAGGGGCUUUGGCCUACAUCAGACCCCGCUCCAGCCAUUGGAAACAUUUCCCCCGUCCCUCUGCUGACUAGUCCAGAUCUCGAUGCUCUCUGUGACCCAGAGAUGCCAGCUCUUUCUGCCGCCCUUAUUUCCUCCCCAACUUUUUUCUCCUCCUCUCUCACUUUUAUUAAUUCUUCACCUCCUUCUGCUCAAAUCAGCUCUAGUCAGACAGGCUCAUCACUCUCUGUCCCUCUGGUAGCUAAAGAGACAACUGUAAGCCCAAUGAGCCAAGACAAAACGUCUCCUACCAGUAACCAGACAGGCACAAACAGAAGAACAUUGGAAGAGCCAAAGCUGAUUAUCGCAGAGAGCAAAGCUGGAAAGACCAGUUCAUCCUCUGGAGAAUCUACCAAGUUGGAAACUUUGAAGAACCAAACAACAGCAGCAGAAGCUCCAGAGACACAUUUAGAAUCACCAAAACCAGUUCCAGAGGAGACUAAAGAGCCUGAGAGACCUUUUGUGCAACCAGUAGCCCCUUCCGAGCCUUCCCCAAAACCAAUCAGAGAAAGGACAGAUUUGUCGCCCCCAAAACCAAAACGACAGCUGCAGCAGGAGAAUGACAUCCAGCCACCAGACAAAUCACAACUGGAAGGAGCAGUUGACGAGAAACCACCUAAAGUUGCUGAUCAGGAGAGCCUUGUGAUCAAUGAAGAGUCGUUGUGCCAUGAAGAGAACAAACUGUGGGCAGCUAUGGAGGAGACCACAGCCGAGACGGAAGCACAAAGAGGGACCGGAAGUACUGAAAGUCCUGCAGUGAAGGAGGAGGAAGAGGUUGUAGUAGGGGGCACCCAGAAAGGUGCAGAGGAUGAUGUGUGUAUUGCAGAAGAGCAGAAGGAGACAUCUGCUGGCUUCAUGUCAGCCAUGUUUGGGGUGUUGCACCGAGGCCCAGGCCACCCGCCUCCUGCUGUGGCCCUGAAGCCUGCAUCAGCCCCCUCCACUGAACAAGCUUCUAGAAUUAGCUUUGAUGUGAAACAACAAAAUAAACCUCACAGUCAGCCUCCUGGCCAACAUUUUAUGUCUCACAUGAAGGAAACAACAGAACAAAUUUCAGACCAACAAUCCGUGAAAGAAAGGAGUGAUGGAGUACUUACUAAAACUGAUUCUGAUGUAAAUGUAAAAGAAUUUGUUCAACUUUUGGUGGUAUCUAAACCGCCCAGUGGCAUAAGUAUCAGUAAGGUGAAUGAGACAAAAAUGCCUGUGAAUUUACAUGUGAGUCCUGAAUUGAAGUCUGAAGAUGACCAGAAGAUACCCAGGUCAGCCAACAAUCUCUCCAAAGAGCAGCAGCUCCAAGAGGAGGAAAGACUUUUACUGGCUAAGAUUCGACAGAUGUCAGGCGACACAUCUCCGGUCAGUGGGCCUCGAGCCAUGAAAAGACUCAUUCCCACUCCUGGUGAUAUUGACAGCGAUGUUGUGGAGAAAAUAGUCCCUUCAAACCCCCCCACCGACAUCACUGCUCACAGUCAGCUCUCGAUCACUUCCUGCUCCAAUGAUCUGAAGGAAAUAAGACUAAAUGACACAGAAGAGCCACUUGUAGAGGAAGAAGCGUCAAAGCACAAAACAACAGAUGUACCUGAUGGUGGACUGGUGAAACAAUCAUUUCAUUCCAAAGACACCUCCAGUACACAUACCAUCGUUUCCUCACUUCAGUGUGAGAUCAAGAAUUCUCGGCUUCCGACAUUACCAGAGGAAGAAACCCCCGAACUCAGGACCACUGAUCCAUUUGAAGUGGUCACAGAGGAGGUCAAUGGGAAGGAUGACACUGAGGACCUUGUGAACUCUAGUCAGUCAUUGCUCCAGUGGUGUCAGAGCAUCACCAACAACUACGAGGGUGUAAAGGUCACAAACUUCAGCACGUCCUGGAGAAACGGCCUGGCCUUCUGUGCCAUACUGCACCACUUUCAUCCAGACAAAAUAGAUUUUGAAUGCUUGGUUCCUCAUGACAUCAAGUUAAAUAAUAAGAAGGCAUUCGACUGCUUUGAGGCGCUGGGGAUCUCUCGUCUGCUGGAACCGUCCGACAUGGUUCUGCUGUCCGUCCCGGACCGGCUCAUCGUUAUGACAUACCUCAGCCAAAUCCGCUCACAUUUCACCAACCAGGAGCUGAGCGUACUGCAGAUCGAGCACAACAGCAGUCAGUCCAGUUAUGGGCUCGCUCCUUCUGGUCCCGCUCCCACCAACGUUGACGCCGCCGCCUUCUGCAUGGCCAGGCUGAACGAAGGUGUGAGUCUAGAGGAAGGAGGAAGCAGUGCCUUGGUGGUGCCACCACCCAGAAUCAAAAGGACUAUUAAAGUGGAAGAAACAAGAAUCCCAGUCCCACCCCCAAGAUCGGUUACCAAAGCUGCCAAAUCUGAACAGGAUGAAGAUGCUUCAUCUCUUACUGAAAAUGCUAAUAACUCAGAGCUGCAGAGUGCAGUUGACAUCCAGCCUCCUAAACAAGAAGAAACUAUGCACCUGCAGGACACCAGUCAGUACGUCUUGAGCGAACUGGCGGCACUGGAGACAGAGCAGAAACACAUCGACAGCAGAGCAGCAGUCGUGGAGAGACGAUUGCGAAGCCUCAUGGAAACAGGGAGUGAUCGUGAUGAAGAGGAGAGACUGAUCCAGGAAUGGUUCACUUUGGUCAACAAGAAGAACGCUCUGAUACGCCGACAGGAUAACCUGGAGCUAUUACAAGAGGAGCAGGAUCUGGAGAGGAGAUUCGAGCUUCUCACCAGAGAACUACGAGUUAUGAUGGCUAUAGAAGACUGGCAGAAGACAGCCACUCAGCAGCAGAGGGAGCAGCUGCUCCUCCAGGAGCUGGUGUCACUGGUUAACCAGCGGGAUGAGAUCAUCAGAGACAUUGACGACAAAGAGAAACGUGCUCAGGAGGAGGACGAGCGGCUGGAGCGAGGUUUGGAGAUGAGGAGGAGGAAAUUCAGCAAUAAGGACAACAAAUGUGUGUUACAGUGAAAAGGACAAGCACAAACUGCAGUUGUCAUUGAAUCCCAAAGUCUCAAAAAGUGUUUUCCUUGAAUGUUAGGAAAAAAACGAAACUUCAAAGAUAUCUGUAGGAUUUCAUCUGCCUUUUCUCUCCUAGAAAUGUUCUCUAAGUCUGAAACUGGACAUUGUUGUCUGAAUGUAAGGUGUGUGUUUUAGUAGUAUUAUGUUGGUUUCUUUAAUUAGUUUUUUUUUAAUUUAUUUAAAACGUGUGUCAUUUUCUCAUACAUUUAUUGCACUUCUGAUGUUUUCCAUGUGUUGUGUACAUUUUUUGGACAUUGCUCAGUAUUCACACACCAGCUGGUCCUCUGCUUAUUUUUAUGUUGUGUGUCUCUUGUGCCUUAAUAGAAACUUUUCGAUUUGUAGGCCAAAAUGCACCAGCCUUUACAAGAAUUUAUCUGCUCAGGAUUCGAGUAUGCAAAGAAAUAUGUUCUGUUGCAGGUGACACUUUUAUCUUUUCUGAUAGUUUCAAAAAAUAAAAAUGUAAGCAUGUCAAAGCAUUUCAGAAUUAGUAUAUUUUGUGAUUAUUUGAGCUGGACUCAAUUCCACAAGGUUUUCAGUGCAGAAUGGUUAUUGACGCUCAAAGUGGUAACACAUCUUAAAACGUUUCUUUUAAUGUCGGACCCUGGUGAUAUAAGUCAUCUGCAGCUUCUUUGGAUGUUCCAAUCUUCUUGACCGGCGUAAGUUAAGUUUUGGUAUUUCUGCAUAGUUUGAUGAAUGGUUUUUGAUGUGUGCAGUUAAAAUGGUACGUAUCAUUCAAAUGUUAAUUUCGAUAUUUAUAACUGUUUUAUUCAUGAAUGACAAAUAAAAUAAAGUUUAAGAAAAAUGG